AGAGACUCAAACCUCACCCACAUCUACCUCCAGCAGCUCUCUGCUCUUCCACCGCCUCUCCAAACCCAAGCACCAUGCCCUACAACUGCUGCCUGUCCAACGUGAGCUGCCGCAGCAGCUGCUCCUCCCGGCCCUGCGUGCCCCACAGCUGCCAUGGCUGCACCUUGCCCGGGGCCUGCAACAUCCCCGCCAACGUGGGCAACUGCAACUGGUUCUGUGAGGGCUCCUUCAAUGGCAGCGAGAAGGAGACCAUGCAGUUUCUGAACGACCGUCUGGCCAGCUACCUGGAGAAGGUGCGCCAGCUGGAGAGGGAGAACGCGGAGCUGGAGGCCCGCAUCCAGGAGCGGAAGCAGCAGCAGGAGCCCUUGGUGUGCCCCGGCUACCAGUCCUACUUCCGGACCAUCGAGGAGCUCCAGCAGAAGAUUCUGUGUGCCAAGUCUGAGAACUCCAAGCUGGUGGUGAACGUUGACAAUGCCAAGCUGGCCUCUGAUGACUUCAGAACCAAGUACGAGACGGAGCGGUCCCUGCGGCAGCUGGUGGAGUCGGACAUCAAUAGCCUGCGCAGGAUCCUGGAUGAGCUGACCCUGUGCAGGGCCGACCUGGAGGCCCAGGUGGAGUCCCUGAAGGAGGAGCUGCUGUCCCUCAAGAGGAACCAUGAGGAGGAAGUCAACACCCUGCGCUGUCAGCUUGGAGACCGCCUCAACGUGGAGGUGGACGCUGCCCCCACCGUGGACCUGAACCAAGUGCUCAAUGAGACCAGGAGUCAGUACGAGGCCCUGGUGGAGACCAACCGCAGGGAAGUGGAGGAGUGGUUCACCACCCAGAACACGCUGACAGAGAGCGAGGCCCGCUACAGCUCCCAGCUGUCCCAGGUGCAGUGCAUGAUCACCAACGUGGAGUCCCAGCUGGCCGAGAUUCGGGCUGACCUGGAGCGUCAGAACCAGGAGUACCAGGUGCUGCUGGACGUCCGGGCCCGGCUGGAGUGUGAGAUCAACACGUACCGGAGCCUGCUGGACAGCGAGGACUGCAACCUCCCCUGCAACCCAUGUGCUACCACCAAUGCGACUGGCAACUCCUGUGGACCCUGUAGCAGCUCUCAGAAGUGUUGCUCUUAAUUGAACAACUUGCAUCCCCUUUGAAGACAUCAGUGGAGCCAUUUAAGGAACCAUCCCCAGGUCCUUUUGCCAGGGCUCAGUGGCCGUUGAGAAAUCUCUUCAUGCCAACUGUGAUUUCUAGACCGGGCCAUGCUUCACGCUCACGUCAUCAGCUCCCAAGGUCUGGAAAACUCCUUGGUGUUGAGACUUGUUCAGCUCCCCGUAAUCUGGGCUCCAGGUAUUACUUAGGGCGAUUCCUGUACGUUCUGCCUCUUCCUGCUUUCCUUCCUUCUCUGGAAUGCAGGGAGGCUACUUCAUUGAAUUCCCAAUAAACUUUAUUUCUCCGGCAUA